AUGAAUACUUUUCAUAUUAGAAAGAAAAAUGAAAAUAUUGAUAGAAAUUUAUUAAAUUUAAUUCCAAAUAAUUUUGGUGAUGUAAUGUUAUUAAGAGAAACCAGUACAUUAUUACCAAAUGAAUUUAGUGGUUUAGAAAGGAUUUGUUUAACUGCUAAUGGUAAUUUGCAAAGGAUUUUAAGUUCAUGGUUUAACAAAUCUGUAAAAGUACAAAUUAUAAAAAAUGAUAAUGUUCCUAUUCAUCAUCAGAAAUUACCUACAAAUGGUAAUUCAAUUUUACAAAAAUUUGAUCGAGAAGUCAAUCUUAUAUGUGAAAAUAAAAUAAUUUGUAAUGCUGUAAGUGAGGUUUUAAUUUAUAAUAAAGAGAUUGUAGAUUUGGUUAUGAACAAAGGCGUAGGAAUUGGUCAAUUAUUCAGAUUACCCUCCUUUCAAUUGCAUUUGGUUGGAAAAAAUGGGUCUACAUGGUGGAGAGAAUAUACUUUAAAAAUUGUUGAAGUUGAAUGUAAAAUUAAAGAAACUUUUCCAAAUGGAAUGUUUGAAAAUGGAUGGAUUGAAAUUAAGUCAACUAAUUGUAAAAAUGAAAAUGAUAACUUUAGUAAUGUACAAGAGUCAAAUAAUGAUAGCAAAGUAUGGUCAAUUGAUUAA